AUGUCGCUUAUUUAUGGCCUUGUUGCUCGUGGAGCAACCAUCUUGGCAGAACAUACCAACAGCAGCGGAAAUUUCGCUUCUGUAACUCAAGCUAUUCUUGAAAAGAUUCCACCCAACAACUCCAAGCUUACUUAUGUCUAUGACAGAUACUUGUUUCAUUAUAUUUGCGAAGACGGCAUCACCUACAUGUGUAUGGCUGAUGAUUCGUUUGGUCGUCGUAUACCAUUCAUCUUUUUGCAAGACUUGAAGGAGAAAUUUUUAACUACAUAUGGUAAAAGCAGGGCCUUGGAAGCACCUCCCUAUGGCCUGAAUGAAUUCUCUCGAGUGAUUGAAAAGCAAAUGGAGUAUUUUUCAACAAAUCCAAACGCAGAUCGUUUAAAGCAAGUUCAUGGUGAAAUCGAACAAGUCAAAGAUGUCAUGGUCCAUAACAUAGAAAGAGUGUUGGAAAGAGGUGAACGUAUUGAAUUGUUGGUUGAUAAAACAGAUAAUUUGAAUCAACAAGCUUUCGCUUUCAAGAAGAGAAGUACUCAAUUGAAACGUGCCAUGUGGUGGAAGAAUACCAAGAUUAUGGCCAUGAUUUGCUUGGUUUGUUUUCUGAUUGCAUACUUUAUCGCUGCCUCCGUUUGUGGUUUCCCAACCUUUGGAACAUGCAGAGCUUAA